AUGGCAUCCAUCCCGGACAUUGAAAAACCUGCCAAAACGAAUGCCUCUUCAUCUCGUUUUGACAGCUCCCCCUCCCGCAAGCUUUGGAUAUUGUUUAGCCAACUUUGCACUUUUUUCAUUCCAAAUCUCGUUCUUUCCUAUCUUCUUGGAAUGAGCAGAGAUGAAUAUCGCCUAAAGUCGUCAUCUCAGCGGAUACAAGCCUGGAGGGAAAAGGUCGCCUUGUGUGUAAUAAUCUUUCUGCUUUCGCUUGUGCUAUUCUUUUAUUUGUGGUUCUUUGGCACCUUUCUAUGCCCCGAUUGCAAAGUGAUGUCCUUUUUUGAUUUCCAAAAUUUAAAUGUCGAUACCGAGCCAUGUGUCCUUAUUUAUGGCCGAGUUUUUGAUUUGAAAAAGUUGUUUUCGCUCUCCAUUUCUAGGAAGGGCUCAAACUUGCUUUCAUUUUACGCCGGGAAAGAUGCCUCUGCAUUGUUUGCACAGGAUAUAUUCAACCAGGCCAUGGACGGCAUUGGCAGAAUACCAAGCAUGCCGUCCGUUUCAGCCUCGGCAGCCAUCAAAAAAGGAAAGCCAUUGGAAGCCUUUUCGCGUGACUCGUCCAUCACCUUUGGCAUCAAUUCGAUAGCAGAUAUCGAGUUGAACCUAUCAUCUAAUCUUCUCGAUGCAAACUCUCCAGAAACCAUGGGGCUUCUGGAGGCACUUUCAAAUUGCUGGGUUGCUGACCUCGGUUGGGACACGCAAGACCUUGCCUCGAGAGGCUCGUCAAAGGAUUCCCCAAUCAUUUCCGUUGAAGGCGUGCUUUUCAACGUGUCCUCAUUGCUUCAGGUCAAAGAUGAAAGUGUGUCUCCUGUUCAAAUUGCUCUGACUUCGCUUCCUUGGUCUGGCUUUGACCAUACGGCGCAACUUGUCAAAGCGCUUUCCUCAAAUGAUGCGAAUCCCGCAAACAUCCUGGCAAUUGUGGCCAGUAUGGCACCAAUUGUGGGCAUCGUAGAUCCAAGAUCGCCUCUCAAGUGUGCAAUUGGCCGGCAAGUACUUAUGGGCUCGGCUGCUCUUGUGCUCCUCAUCACUGGCGUCAAGUUCCUUGCCGCCUUGCAGCUUGGCCGCAAAAAGUUGCCAGAAGUAUUGGGGCGCCACACAAUUCUGCACAUGACCUGCUUUACGGAAGGCGAAGCGUCCCUAAGAAAGUCCAUCGGCUCGUUGGUGAGCUCCGAUUAUGACGACCGAUUCAAGCUGCUUUGGAUCGUUUGCGAUGGCCUUGCGACAGGCGCGGGAAACGACCGCCCCACCGCGGUCAUUCUUCUAGAUAUCCUUGGUAUCUCCAGGCCUGCCUCUGUAGAUGAAACUAAUGCCUGGAUGAUGCACGAGGGCCAUCCAAUAGUUUCCUACGACUCUCUUGGCGACCAAAAUUAUGUCAAAUUUUGGUACGGAUACUACCACCAGUCUUUGAAGGGAUCCUUCUCACAUGCAAUCCCAUUUGUCUUGAUAGUCAAACUUGGGUCUCCAGGAGAAAUCUCAAAAUGCCCUGGAAAUCGCGGCAAGCGGGAUUCACAGUUGAUCCUGCUCAGAUGGCUUAGCAAGCUUCUUCACUUGGCAAACCAGUCGCAGGGCACGGAGGAAGAUUGUACGGCAAUCGAGAUUCCAAUUCCACAACCGCAGUUUUCACCUCUUGAAGAGGCUCUUACGGGGGCGCUUCACGGAGGCCUGGGCAUGGAUCCACUGACCUUUGAAUAUCUGCUGAUGGUUGACGCCGACACGCAAUGUGCACCAGACGCUUUGACUCGCCUCAUAUCUGUGAUGAUUGGUGAUAGAAGAGUCGUUGGCGUGUGCGGCGAGACGACGCUGGCAAAUCCCAGGGCCUCCUGGGUCACUUCAAUCCAGGUCUACGAAUACUACAUUACGCACCAUCUGUCAAAGGCUUUUGAAAGUCUAUUUGGAGUGGUGACUUGCCUUCCUGGAUGCUUUACUCUGUAUCGCCUUCGUACCCCCGUUACUUCAUAUGUCCACGGGGGCGACUCGUCAGCCAUGAAGCCACUCUUGCUUUCCCCCGCAUUGUUGGCCGAAUAUGGCACGCAGGAGAAUAGCGACUCGACGCUUCACCGUCGUAAUUUGCUCACAUUGGGCGAAGACCGGUUUCUUACCACUUUGUUGCUUAAAUAUUUUCCGAAUUACAAAACUUCGUUCUCCGGAGAUGCACUUUGCAAAACCAUUGCGCCAGAGUCUUGGCGCGUGCUGCUUUCCCAGCGGCGGCGCUGGAUCAAUUCUACCAUCCACAAUCUUUGGGAGCUGCUUUCCAUUCCACGUCUGUGUGGAAUUGGAUGCAUCUCGAUGAAGUUGGUCGUGCUUUUGGACCUAAAUUCUACGCUCGUCAUGCCAGCAACGAUGGUAUAUUUGCUCUGGUGUGCCACGCAGCUAAUCAUUUCAAACAUUUUCGCUUUAAACGAAGAUGAUGUUUUUUCCACAUACACAAGUGCUAAUUCGGCGUUGCUUCUUGCCGCAGCAACCUUUGCCAUGCAGGCAAGUGUUUGUGUAUUGAAGAGAAGAUGGUACAUCAUGGGCUGGAUGUUUCUCUACAUCUUGACGCUUCCCGUAUUUUGCUUUAUCCUGCCACUUUAUGCUUUUUGUAAUUUUGACGACUUUACGUGGGGCCGCACGCGAAAACAGCAGUGCCCCUCCUCGAUCAAGGAGAACCACACGAUCAUGGCUUUGAACCCAUGGGGAAGCCGUCCUCACCAUCCUCAGCUAUUUGGAAGGUAUUCGUACAAUGGCCAGCUGGACACCUGUAGCACCGGACAUGGCGAUCCAAUCGAUCCGGUUGUAAUCGGCAUGCGCUGCAAUACAAUUGCCGCGUUAGAUUAUUCGCCACAUUCUGUCGUGCCAAGAGCCAAAGUGAACGAAAUUGAGGCUGCUGUGAAGAAGCUGCUGGUCUCGCACGAUGCCGACCAUCUCUCUCUUGGAGAGAUCCGUUCAAGGAUCGAGCACGAGAUAUCCAUGGAUCUGAGCUCGCUUAAGGAAUGGUUUUCGACCCUCGUGGAGUCGAUUUUGAUGGAGAUGCUGAUGAAUGCUGACAACGACACAAAAGGUUCCUAG